CUUCCAUCUGAAAAGGCACCGCGCGUGUGUGCCUCCAGUUCAUUCAUGUUUACAUUUGUUGGUUACGUCCCCACUACUCGACAACAUCAACAACAUUACUAAAGGCUGCUCAGUUAGUGCAACUCGUCGGUAACGAGUGGACACACUUGUUUGUAACGACUCCGGAGGCAGACGGUGCUCCAGGUGGAGAUGUGGCUCAUUGGUUUUUAUACUGAGGAGUGUGACAGCGUCUUAAAAGGCUCUUGAGACAAAGAUCGGUGUAUCAAAGACGCGUGGAGGCAGACGGACGGACGGACGGACGGACGGACGGUGGAGGCAGCAUCUUGGAACACCUUGGUCCUCACAAAUGUAGGCUUAACAGUGCAGGAUGGGUCUACCUGUGGACAGCCUAGACAGGAAUGAAGAUGCACGUAAAUAUGAGCAGCGGGGAGAAGGAGAGGGUGGUGAAAGCCAAGUUGAAGUCUGCAGCAUCUCCCCGCCGCCCAGCAACAAGAAGAGGAGGAAAGGCAAGAAGAGAUGACUGUGUAUCAACCUCACCAACUGCAAAUAUGAAAGUGUGCGGCGUGCUGCUCGUAGAUACGGCCUCAGAGAGGCCAUGGAGGGUGAAGACUGGACACUUUUCUGGACCGACUACUCUGUCUCUCUCGACCGUGUUAAGGACAUGAAGCGGUAUCAGAAAAUAAACCAUUUCCCAGGAAUGAUUGAGAUCUGCCGCAAAGAUUUACUCGCAAGAAACAUGAACCGUAUGCUCAAGCUUUUCCCCAAAGACUACAAUAUCUUCCCCAAAACUUGGUGCCUUCCUGCAGAUUACAGUGACUUCCAAGCGUACACCAGGGCCAAAAAAAGCAAGACGUAUAUCUGUAAGCCAGAUACCGGUUGCCAAGGCAAAGGCAUCAUCAUCACCAAGUCAAGUAGAGAAAUCCAACCUGGAGAACAUAUGAUCUGCCAGGUUUACAUCUCCAGGCCUUUUAUAGUUGAUGGAUACAAGUUCGACAUGCGUAUCUACGUGCUGGUGACUUCAUGUGACCCAUUUAGCAUAUUCAUGUUUAAGGAGGGACUGGCUCGCUUCUGCACCACCAAGUACAACGAACCGACACACGGCAAUGUGGAUGAUGUGUGCAUGCAUCUUACCAACUACUCCAUCAACAAGAACAGCGAGAACUUUCUUCGUGACGAGGACACUGGCAGCAAACGGAAGCUGUCCACUCUGAACAAGCUCCUGGAGUCCAUCAGCUGCAACACAGACAAGAUGUGGAAUGACAUUGAGGACAUAAUCAUAAAGACUCUGAUCUCUGCCCACCCAAUCCUGAAGCAUAAUUACCACACGUGUUUCCCAAACCACACCACCGGCAGCGCCUGCUUCGAGAUCCUGGGCUUCGAUGUGCUGCUCGAUCACCGGCUUAGACCCUGGGUGCUGGAGGUGAAUCACUCCCCAAGUUUUACCACUGACUCUCAGCUGGACCGCGAGGUAAAGGAUGCGUUGCUGUAUGACACCCUGGUUCUCAUCAACUUGGGCGCCUGCGACCGCCGCAAGAUCACCAAAGAGGAGCGUCGCAGGGUGAAGGACAGGCUGCAGCAAAUCAGCACCAAAGAAGCCAGGUCGGAGGAGCUGCGUCAGUGCCAGGCAGCCACGGUGGAGCAGAUGGAAAAGUACGAAGCCAAACACCUGGGAGGCUUCAAGAGGAUCUACCCCAGAGAGGGAGGGGAGAAAUACGACAAGUACUUCAAACACAGCAGCUCACUCUUCCAGGAGACCGCAGCGUCCAAGGCCAGAGAGGAGUGUGCCAGGCAACAACUGCAGGAGCUGCGUCUGAAGCAGGAGCAGAAGGACCGGAAGGGAGGCCGCAGGAAAGACUUGCAGGGGGAGACGGCGGGGGAGAGAGUCAAACCCCGAAGAGCACUAACACAACCCCCCUGCUCCAACUGUGACUGUGAGCUGCAGCCGCCAUCUCUGUCCAGUGUGGCGGUGCCUCCUGAAGCAGCAGAACCCCGAGAGGAGAAGCAGGAGCAGCUGCUGGAGGAGGACACAGACAUGGAGGAGCAGGAGCGGGUCGACGCGCUCCUCCAGAGGAAGAAACUACUGCAGGACCUGGGGGUGGUGGAGCAGAUCCACCAGCUGCUGCAGGGCCGCAGAGAUGCAGGGGGAGUCCUGCAGGACGCCUGCACCCAGCAGCAGAGGCCGGCUCAUCAGAGACAACAGACAAAGUUGGACUUUUUGACUCAGUUUUCCCAGAAGACAAAGCCGCCGCAGCAGCAGCAGCAGCCCCUCACACAGAUGUCAUGGCAGCAGAUCCAGUCCCAGAUGAUGUCUCAGCAGCGCCUGCUCAGGCCCCCGAUGGACCAGAGGAGCCUGAUCGCGUUGGAGCUCGAGAGAUACAACAGAGCGGCAGAAGUACAACGAACCUCCAGCUCUCAGCGGAUCCACCGGCCAGCCGGCGUCUCUCCGGCUGUCCGGCAGGACGCCCGGAGCAGCUUCCCCAGCGACGGCCGGUCCCGUCCCACCAUGCCCCUCAUAAACCACGUCCCUAAGAGAAGCCUGUGCUGUUCCCACAUGUCCCACGACCCCGCGGCCCUGCAGAGCCUGCUCGUCAUCUCCACUCGCGCCCCCCUGGUCAGGCGGCCUGGCUUCUCUCACAUGGUCCGCAACGCCUCCCGCAGAGCCCCCCAGCAGCACGGGAAGGGCCAGUGAGGAGCCGGCCAGACCUAAAACCACCGUCGACACACGGGACCUGAGGAGAAUUGGAGGUAGAGAGGAUUUUAAACUGUGAACACACUGUGUCUAUGAGGAUUACCUCAUGUUUUAUAUCUGGACUCCUGCAGUUUACUCUGCUUGCCACUUUAUAACCUCAAUUCCUGCAGAAAAAACCCACCAUCAUGGGUUUUUAACUUUUUCUACCCACUGUGUGUGCUCACUUAUGUGUAACAUGUUCCUCCGGGGAUGAAUCAUCUCCAACAAACCUCACCGACAGUGCCAAAAUAAAAGCAAACAAGGCUGAUUUAACAUGACAUCGCACGCGUGAUCCAAAUCCCCUGAAGAAAACAGAAUAAGGCUGCUGAUCACCGGGAGCUGAUGGGAGCUGAAGAUGCCUCCAUGAAACCAAAUGAAUAUUAAGGGAUGAUUAAUUAAGACUAGAACCCUAUUUGAAGAUAAACUGAGGAAUAUUGAUAAAAUAAAGGCCUCCUGCUUUUUCACUCAAGGAAAAGUUUGUGCAGUA